AUGAAAACGGUUGCAGAAGUCAGAACAGUGAAAUCUCAUAUUCACCACGCUAUUAGCACCACGCCUGAUAUCGAUUUGCUGCUCGAGGAAUCUCAAAAAACGCCCUUUACUACCCGCAUCACCGGAACAAGGGUUUCAGAUCCUGGAAAGAUCAAGGUAACGCCUUACGACGGUACGACCGAUCCAAGGGCACACUUGCAGGCUUUCCAUAUCGCAAUGGGGAGAGCCAAAUUCAAAGAAAGUGAAAGAGAUGUCGGCGAAUGCUGCCUCUUCGUCGAAAACCUCCAAGGAGGAGCACUCGAAUGGUUCUCUCGCCUGAAGCGAAAUUCCAUCGGAAGCUUUCGCAAACUCGCCUCGGAGUUCCUCAAGCAGUACUCUAUGUUCAUAAACCGAGAAACCUCCGAUGUCGAUCUCUGGAGCAUGUCCCAGGGAGAGGACGAACCUGUCCGCGACUUCAUAAAAUGGUUUAAGAUUCUCAUGGCUAGAGUCAGUGGAAUAAGCGACAAAAUACCAGUAGACGCACUCCGUAAGACGCUCUGGAGAAACCCUCGUAACGACAAAAACAUCCAUCACGGGGAAGAAGAGACACAGGGAGCGCAUAACUACGCCAUCAACUCCGGACCGGAGCAAGGCCGGACGACGGGUAAUACAUGGACCUGGAAUCCGAAUUACGACGAGAACACCUUCUGCGACUUUCACCAGGCCCGCGGCCACUUGACCGUAAACUGUAAAGUUCUCGGUGCCAGGUUGGCCGCAAAGCUGCUCGCGGGAGAACUCGCCGAAGUGUCUAGCGUAAAAGACCUCGUCCGCGGUUCAGACCGCCCUCUGAGAAACGAUAAGGCCCUGGAGAACUCUCUCCAAGGGAACCAAUCAGGAGAAAAGCGCAGGAGAAGGCAUGAUGAGAAGGACAACGACAAUAGUCGCCGCAGAGCUGAGACGAGAGCAAAUUUGCUAACCUGGUCUGCGCCUAGCGACUUCCCGAAAAGAGCAAUCACUUUCGAUGAAGAUGAGCCCGGCGGGAUCGAUCAGCCCCACUGCGAUCCGCUCGUGAUCGAUCUCGUGAUAAGAGAUCUCGAGGUCACAAGAGUUCUCAUCGACAAUGGUAGCACGGUUAAUGUCAUCUUCCGCGAUACUCUCAAGAGGAUGAACGUCGAGCUAGUAGAGGUAGUACCAUCGCCCAGGCCGCUAACCGGUUUCGAAGGCACGACGUCAAUGACCAUCGGAUCAAUCAAAUUGCCUGUUGCUGCGAAAGAAGUCACGAAGAUCGUUGACUUCGCGGUCAUCGACCAGCUUGCCAUCUACAACGUCAUUAUGGGCACGCCUUGGCUAAUAGCCAUGAAGGCAGUCACGUCGACUUAUCACUUAGGCAUCAAAUUUCGGACUCAUAACGAAAUUACUGCAAUAUGGGGAUGCCAGACACAGUCGAGACACUGCUUCCUGGCCGAAGAUAGUGAAAUCCAAACGGGCGAAGCUAACUCAUGCACUAACUGA